GAUCUCUCGAAUAAGCUUGGAGUAACCUCCAAGACACAAAUGCAGUGGUAGUGGUCUUCUUCCUCCCAAACACUUGCGAAGAUCUCCGAAAUUUGCAUUCACUCCCUCCUAGUUUCUAUACUUUUGAAUAUAAUUGUACUGCGCAAACCUAAUCAACGAUGUCGAUCUUCGAGUACAAUGGAAGCGCACUAAUAGCGAUGGUUGGUAAGAACUGCUUCGCCAUCGCCAGUGAUCGGCGUCUCGGAGUUCAGUUGCAGACCGUCGCCACCGAUUUCCAGAGAAUCCACCAAAUACACGACCGCCUCUUUCUUGGUCUCUCUGGUCUCGGCACCGAUGCCCAAACUUUGCAUCAACGGCUUGUUUUUCGUCACAAAUUGUAUCAACUGAGAGAAGAGAGGGAUAUGAAGCCUGAGACUUUCGCUAGCCUUGUUUCAAGUAUUCUUUAUGAGAAAAGGUUUGGUCCGUAUUUCUGUCAACCUGUAAUUGCUGGAUUGAGUGAUGAAGAUAGGCCCUUCAUUUGCACAAUGGACUCAAUUGGAGCCAAGGAGCUUGCAAAAGAUUUCGUUGUUGCUGGCACAGCAUCAGAGUCACUAUAUGGAGCAUGCGAAGCAAUGUUCAAACCUGACAUGGAGCCUGAGGAAUUAUUUGAGGCCAUUUCUCAAGCUCUUUUAUCAUCCGUAGAUCGUGACUGUUUGAGUGGCUGGGGAGGACAUGUCUUUGUUGUUACACCCACUGAAAUAAAGGAAAGACUCUUGAAGGGAAGGAUGGACUAACCUCUCUUAUGAAGAGUUGGAAGAGACAUGCUGCACUCCAACUGGUUUUCGUGUGAACUGCGAACCAUAGACUCUGUAUUUAACCGGGAACCUUCUUGACCGUUUACUGUUUUAAGCUGUAAUUCUGUGGUGCUUCAAAUUGUUUUACUACCCUUGUUAAAUUUGAAAUUGACUCGUCUAGUUAGAUGUUCAAUGUUUGAUUUGCUUUAUCAUGAAUUUCGUUUUCUUGA